UGCAUCUCCUCCAAAGCCAGGAUGGAGGCUCCAGUGUGCCUGAUUGAGAACAGGAAAAAUCGCCUCCAUGUUUCUCCGGAGGCCCUUCGGUUGCUCUCAGAAAUCUGGCAGCCGGUGGUGGUGGUGUCCAUCGUGGGACUGUAUCGCACGGGCAAGUCCUACCUGAUGAACAAGCUGGCUGGCAAAAAUUCAGAUUUAGUAGACAAACUAUCUGAGGGCUUGGAGGAGAACAUCAACAACGGAAGCUACUCCCGAGCUGGUGGCCACCAGGAAUUUCUUAAUGACCUCCAAAAAGUGGAGAAACAAUACUUUGAGACACCCAGGAAAGGAAUAAUGGUAACAUAUAAAUGGGUGUGGUGGCUCAGUGGUUCAAAAUGUCAGCUGGAAAAGUUUGAGAUCUGCGCUCCGCACUACGGAUGUCUGGCUAAUUGUCCAACAAUCUGUACUAUUUUUAUCCAUGCAGUGUUGGCAAAGCUAGUCAAGGCCUAUGUGGAUACUAUCUCCAGUGGGAACAUUCCCUGCCUGGAGAAUGAAGUUUUGGGCUUGGCAGAGAUUGAGAACAGGGCAGCCGUGCAGGAAGCUGUUGCUCACUAUGCGCAACUGAUGGAGCAAAGUAUGGAGCUACCCACUGAGACUAAAACUGUGGAUAGCAAAAAGGAAGAGUACUGCAGGAAAAAUGAGCUGAAAUCUUCUGAAAUCUGUUCAGCUUUAUUGAGCUCACUCUCUGAGAACCUGGAGCAGAACAUCAAGAAUGGAAGCUACUCCCGAUCUGGUGGCCACCAGGAAUUUGUAAAUGACCUCCAAAAAGUGGAGAAACAAUUUUUGGAGACACCUAAGAAAGGAAUAAUGGUACAAAAUGAUGAAGGUUGCUAAAUUAAUACUCAUUUUGUCGCUCUCAUUUUGAGAACCAGGCCAUCCCCCAGGGAGACUGUUGGUUUACUUUGAAUUGAUUUAUUUUGGCAAAACUUCUUCCUCAUUCUAUACCGCUCCAGAUUAUUCUCUUUUCCCGCUUCAAUCAGGCAGGGAAAAACCUGAAAGAAUUCUGCCAGAGCAAGAAAAACUUCAGCAAAACCAUCCUUCAAAGUGACGUGGGCCUUCAAGAGAAAGAGAAGGAAAUAGAAGCUAAAUGUGUGAACAAGCUGUCAGAUGAUGCUGGGAUGUUGGUUCUGCUUUGAAGGUGGGAAAAGACCUAUUUAUCCUUAAACCCAGCACUCCUCAGGAAAAGUCACAUGUGCAAAGUGCAUGUACACAGGACAUCCCUGAGCGAAGCAGCAGUAGCAGCAGCAGGAACCCACCCCUGAUCAGGAUGGAAGCACAAACACAAAUGGCAUAUAACUGAGCAUGUUGCCCAGCAAAGCUCAUGUUAUAUCAGUAGAGGAUUAAGUAGGAAAUAUCAGUGCAGCCCCACAUAAAGUGCGAGGUUACAUCCUCACUAAAAGUGAUUGAUCCUCAUUGCUCCUGCCUCUCCUCUGCCCUGCAUGUCCUUGGAUCAGGGUAUGUGUGGACUACUCCUUCCCCUUGCCUCCUCCUCUCUAACAGCUAGCAGCUGCUCCUGCUCCUCUCCUGGAGUCUCCUGGGCAACUUGCUGCAGUUGCAGUUUGUCCCACUUGGCCUCAGCCCUCACUCGUCCCAUCGAUCCAGCUGAGGAUGCUCUGUCAGAUGAGCAGUCUUUGAGUCCCAAUCCAGGUCAUCGCGCAGCUGCAUGAUUUCCUCUGCUGCCACAGACUCUUCCUCCUCCUCCUCCGAACUCGUGUCCAGAAAGGGCUUCGGGGGCAGAUCCAUGACAGUGUGAGGAACAAGCAGGGUUCACUUGAAAUCCAUGCAUAGCAUUGUUGCCAUUUUCAAAAAGCUGGUGGACUGAAAUCCAUGAAUGAAAUAUGCAACUAGAGGGAUUUACUUUGUUUUACAGAAACAGACCUAAUAAAAAAGGUGGUAGAGUUGCAUGAUAUAUUAAAAAAUAAUGACACCUCUACAGAAAUACAGCAGAACCAUGAUGCUAUGGCUGCCCAUGAGCAGUCCCUGUUGGCUGUGGGGGCCUGGAUGGGGGACAACAGUCUUCAAUGGAAACCUGGCAAGACCGAGUGGCUUUGGGCAUAUAGAACUUCAACUUCUGGGACUUUGACCAAACUCUUUAGUUCUGGCACUACCCCAGACAGAUUCAGUUUGCAACUUGGAGGUACUGGACUUGUAACUCCUGGUCAAGAGCAUUUGCUAGGACACCCUUCGGACAAUCUUGGGUUGUCUUCCAGUUGCAUUCUUUCCUGGACCAAGAGUCCCUGGGCUCAGUCAUUCAAGCUCUGGUCAUCUCGUGUCUGGACUACUGCAAUGCACUCUACCUAGGGCUACCCUUCAGGAGCAUUCAGAAGCUACAACUGGUGCAGAAUGCAGCAACGGGGGCAGUUUUGGGGAUCCUCUAGCAAGGCCCAUGUUACACCAUUGUUGUAUUCAUGCAUACCAUUUGAUAUUUUGCAGAAUCUGCAAUAACAAAGCUUUAUAUUCUCUUCAAUGAAGCCAGGUCUUUUUCUUAUUCUACGCCCAUGCUUGGGAGGUUUGGGGGUCAAAUUUAUAUCAAACAAAUCCCCUUCUGAGGUUGCCAUACAGGGUUUGUUGCAUUCUGGUGGCAGGGGUCUUGUGUCAGAGCAUUCGAUGCUGGCUUUUAGCAA